AAGUCGGCAAGUAAUAACUUUCGUUGUUCUUGUUCUGAUCAAUAACCCCUAAAUUAGGACUUUUUUUUAAUUUAUUUACGAGCAAAUCUUUCUGUUUUGAUCGUCUCUUGCGAAUCAAAAACUACCCUUUUUUUCAUUUCCUUGUAAAGUUUGUAUUUGCUAUUAAAUUCUCAGUUUUUCAGCAGAAAAAAGCUUGUAUUUUUCUGUUUUUUUUUGGGUGGUUUUUUGAAAUAUUUUUGGGUUGUUUUAGAUUUUUUAUUAUGAGUAACAACAGGAGGAGACCAAAAGGAGAAAUUUUUAAUCCAGAGGUUCGAGGGACAAUUUCACAGUCUAAAAAACCUCCAUUUCAUGGUAAUUGGCAACUAACGGUACCAGCAUGGGAGAAAAGAUUCUGCUCUUCAGUUGGUCUGGUUCCAUGGCGGAAGCUGUUAGAAACCAAAAAGUUUAUGUACCUCUAUGAGAAUGUUGUUCAGUGGAAUGAUUCUGCUGUUGAGGAGGCAUUUAAUAAUGCUAAAAUCCGGUUUUGGGCAGAGAUUAAUGGCUUCCCUUGUGACAUAUCAUUGCCUGAUCCCGACAUUUAUAUUGAUGAAAUAGACUGGAGUUCGGACAUUAGCUCUGAGCUGUACUUAGAUUUGGAUCGAGAACCUAAAUAUCCUGCUGAGACGGAUAAAAAAGAAGAGGUUAUAAUAUUUGGCAGCUCGCUUCUGAAUCAAUCAUUUUCGUGCAUUGGAUGGGGGGAAGCUGAAGAAGAUCUACAGAAGGCGGCGGCAAAAGGUGUAGAUCCUAGGUGCAGGGACUGUGACAGAAAAGGCGAUGAUGAGAAUCCAUGGGCUACCGAUGUUUAUCAAGCCGAUGGCGCGAUUAUAAAUAAUGAACAGAAAAAUUGUUGGGAUGAUUCAUACAAAUGGAAGAGUAAUAGUAACGAGUGGGGUAAGACUUAUAAUGAGUGGGGUAGUAGUUAUAACGAGUGGAAUACUGUCGAUGACAGAACAGGUGGAGUCCGAGGAACUUGGGACGAAAAUAGCAGGAAGAGGGAAGAUGCUGGACGGUACAUGUCGAGGUAUAAAACUUCAAGGUUUCAUGGUGAUGACUACCAGAUGGAUCGUGGAUGGUGGAGAAAUGGAAGAGGGAGAAAAAGGAUGAAUGUCUACUGACGACUGCUUUAGGACGAGGGUGUUCAUUCUAACUAUCUGGGUGGCAGAAGUUUUGUAAGUUCGACGUAUAUAAUACUAGCAGGCUGUUCAUUUAUCAUUAUUUUAUUUGUUGUUCGUAACCGAGCGUAUAUAGAACAUAAAGUAGGAUAAUACCGACCAGGCAAAGUCGCUAUCAAAGUUUGGUGUGUCAUGCAGUUUUGUAGCUCGACGGCGAAAGCUGAAAGCAUGGAGUUAGAUCUUAGUGGUAGAAUAGUGUGUUUCUCGGAUGAUAAUAAUACAGUCUUUGCUGCGAGGAUUCCGAUUGUUGUACAUUGUGUGAAUUUGAUCACCGGCUGUAAACAUCGUCGAAGCACUUUGUCGACAUCCUUAUGUAUUGUAUUUUCCAAUAUUGGUUGGUGUGAUUCAUGCUAUGUUUAUUGCUUUUA